GCUGUUGCUAGGCUCUGCGUCGCUGUCCAAUGGGAAGCAUCGUUCUCGGCCCAGGCGAUAAUGGCAGGGUUGGAUGUUGGAUGGGUUUCGGCUCCAAAUACUAGAAGUUAGUUUUCAAUUUGCGGCUUUAAUUGAUUGAGGAUUUCCGGAGUGUGGUGUGUGUUGAUAGAGAUAGAGCUAAAGAUAGAGAUAGAGAUAGAGAUGGGGGGCAGCAGCAGCUCCAGACACAUCUCAGUGGAGUCUGAGGACGCAGAAGGGCUGGUGUUUGUGAAGGGCAUUCGGCUGACAGAUAGAGUGGUUGAUCGUAUGAGGGAGCCUCCACCAGUCCAGCGUCCUCAGUCCAAAAGCUCAACAUGUCCUCCAAUGGCUCAGCCUUUAAACCCUCAGGAUAAGACCUUGGCCCCUACUGAUGUUUUGGCACCGAUAUUGCCCAAUCCUCCUUCUUAUGCCAGCGCACUGGUACCACCACCUCUGCAGGAGCCCAUCAGUCCCCUUGUUCCUCUUGUGUCAGUGAGUCCGGAGACUCCAGCACCACCUACAUCCACACCAACUGUUGAAGCAGUUCCCUCAGUCACUCAUACUGCACCUGAGUCUGUGCCUGCUCCCGUGGCUUCGGUUCAGGAACAUGUAGCAAUAUCCACGCUUACUGACUCUGUACCUCCAGCUCCACCUGCUGAAUCCUUACCAAUAACCGCAUCUCCAUUAACUUUCACUGAGCCUGUGGUCAUGCCUCUACCUUCUGAACCUGUACCUGUAGUAUUGUCACCUUCUACUGAAGCUGUGGACUGUUCUCCACUUCCACCUACAAUUACUGAUAAUGUGACAUCUGCUCCACCCAGUGAACUCAUAGCCAUACCUGUUGAAGCCCCAGCAAUGCCAUUAACUGAUGAUGUGAUCACAGCUCCACCUGUUGAAGCCAUACCCUUGCCUACCACUGUUGAACCCAUUGACAUAGCUGUGGAAUCAUCUGCCCCAUCUACACCUACUCUGAACCUAGAUACAACUAUUCCUGUUGAACAAAUAGAGUUGCCUACAACACCUACCUCUGAGCUGGUGGCUGAGACUGAAAUGAAAAUUUCACCUGAUACACAGCUCCCAGCUCUCAUUGAAUCAGUGGAAAUUUCAACAGACAUGCCACAUGCAUUUGUCGAGCCCAACCUGAAAGAGCUGCUGCCUCCUCUGCCCUCUUCUGCUCUAUCUGUGCCCUGUGAAUUUCCCUCACUGAGGCAGAUCAGAUGCCCUCCCAAUGAAGAGACCCCAGCUCCAACACCUGUUGUUAAACCAGCCGUUGCACCAGUGCUGCCUCCCAUAACUGAAACAGCGGGCCCACUUACUUCUCCACAGGCUGCCGUCAAUGAGGAAGACCUGAGGAAGCAGAUCAGAGAGGAACUGCAGAAAUUCCUGCAAGAAGAGAUGAAGAUGGCAGAGAUAAAGCUCCAGCAACAGUUGAAGAAGGAGAAAGCUAAGGCUGAGGUAGAAGCUUAUUCCAAAGCUCAACAGCAGAUCCAGGCAGAGGUUCAGAAGAUGCUGGAGAAAGAGCAGCUAACCCUUCAGCAGACUCUAAAAGAUGUUAUUAUGCACAAGAACAUUCAGGAUGAGCAGCUUGCAAGCCAGUAUUAUAUUCAGAAGCUGGAAGAAAAGGAGAGAGACCUGGCAAAGCAGGACCGUGUACAAAGCAUGUACAUGGAGCAGAUAGCCAAGCUUGAGGAGAAGACUGCACAGUUCACCAGAGUCACAGCAGAGAGCUUCAAAAAGGGUCUGGAGGAAACUCACAAACGUUUCAAGAGAUACCAGAUUAAGCCAGUUUGCUCAGAGCUACAAAGUGAGAUUUUGAAAUGUUAUUUGCAAAAUACAGGCCAGACUUUGACAUGCUCCAGUAUUGCCUCAAAGUACGUGAAGUGUGUGAACAAUGCUAAACAGAAUGGUGAGAAGAAGGUGAGCACAGGAGGUUAAACCUGUUUCCAGGAUGAGCACUACUCUUAUGUAAAAAAAAAAAUACCAAAAAACAAACUGACAGAGAUGAGACGAGCAUUGCAAGCGAGUCCGCGCAGUUUUGCAAGAUCCUGCCUUCAGUCAAGUUGCGUUGUUGUUACUAUAUGGAAAAUGUUUAUAGAGUUCAUAAACAAAUCACUGUGCCUUGA